GAGAUCAUUUAUAGUUGGUGUUAUUCCUCCUUCACACCAAUAGGUGACGGUAAUGUGACUUAAAUGGCAUUUGCUAAUCAAAACCAAACGAAGAAGAAUUUGUCGGACGGUUUUCGAGACGACAGCACUAUCUUGCGGCCAACAUGUGUAGCGCCCUUGUUUACACUCAACAUGGCCGCUCCGCUCCGGACAAUCAUUCCGUUUGUUGACUUUUGUUUUCGAUCCGAAGGAGUUCAGGAAGUCGAAGGAGUUCAGGUGCGAUGUCAUCGCCAAAGUUCUCAACAGGUUCCUUGAAAGCAGCUCUGGGCAAACAGCACGACAGGAGUUCACCAGGACCUGAAAAAAUAUUCUCACUCUGCACUUUGAGUUGAAGUCCUUCUAACACUGAAUGGCAGAAGACUCGAGUGGUGCUCCUUCAGAGCAAGAGGCCUCCUGCUCUUCCUUGGCCGGAGAUAAUCGCACAGAUGACGCUACAGCCGCUUUGAGGUCCAAAUGCGUUGAGCUGCUCAUCUCCGCUCUCAGCCCUGACCACUCGGAGCUGGCUGCGCAGGUGGAGCGGCACAUCCACCGCAUCCACGCCCGCAAUCCGCUCAAAUACAAAGCCUGCGUGAGAAGCAAAGUAGCCAACUUGAAGAACCCGAAAAACAGCCAUCUGCACAUGGGCCUGAUGAGCGGCUCCCUGACGCCCGAGGGCUUGGCCCGCAUGUCGGCGGAGGAGAUGGCCUGCGCCGAGCUCCGGCGAUUGAGGGAGGAGUACUCGUCUGGUGGGGUUAGCGAGCGGCAGCUUCCUCACGGGGUGGAAGGGACGGAGACGCGGCGGCUCCGCUGCCAGCGCUGCGGCGGCUCCGACUGCAGGGUGACGCAGGUGAACCGCGGGACGCUCUUCCUGCCGGCGUGGGUGCGGCGGGCAGGCCCCGAUGACCAGGCCAUGACCUUUGUGACUUGCCGCACUUGUGGACAGCAGUGGUACCACAGCGGCUGGCUCUGCCUCUGAUCUUUGCUUGCUAUUCACCCUGUGGCCAUGUGAAGGAAGCCCUUUUUGUGAUUAAGGACUAUAUAUGAAGAAAGAAAGAAAGAAAGAGAAAAAAACAACAACUUUUUUUUAUACUUGAGCGAACUUCUCGUACAGUUUUGAACUGUUGUCGUCAUUGUUUGUGUGGCAAGUCACAUUGUUCUCAAUAUUGAUAAGCAGUUUUAAAUCGCUUUUAGGAUGUGGCCUCAGUUGUUGUGAGUGGCCUUUGACCUCUUGGCUGAUAUGAUGGAAAAUGGAUGGAAAUUGGAAUCAUGUAUUUUAUUGCAUGUUUUGGAAAAAAAAAAAUUGGGGGGAGAAAACCCACACAGCACAACUUGAUUCAAACCUGGACCCUCGGAACUGUGAAACAAAUGUGCUAGCCGCUAGUGUACCGUGCUGCCUGACGGGCACAAAUAUUUGAAAAUGUUUUGAAUAACUAAAACCCUGGCUGCAUCACCAGAGCGUCUCAUGUGAUCAGGCAUGUGAAGCUCAUAAGAAAUGCUUGACAUGUGAAUCUUUCAACGUGAAACAGCCUGAGGUCCAGUCAACGCACACGCACGCACACACACACUAGGGAUCUAUUGCUAAUUACAGAAAUGAGCAUCUUUUUUACUAAUUUUACUUUUAUGUGUAUAACAUGGCAUUCUGUUUUUUUUUUUAUUAUUACCUUUCAAAACAAUUGAGCUUCUUCAAACCAGUAGGCCUGAGCAUCCCCACGUCAAGCAGUGUAAUCUUGAAGAUAACACUUCCAGAUUGUGAGGCCGGUGGAAUCUGGUCAGUGUCCAUUCUGCUAUUUUGGGAACUGUUGAUAAAACGAAUUUCACCCUACUGAAGUCAAGUUUCAGUGCCGCCGCAUAUGUGAAUCCUUGUAUAAAAUCUGGAUUCCUGA